AUGGGCGAGGAGGACCGCUCCAACGUCAAGUGGUGGGACAGCUCGCCCUUCUUCGCGUACGUGCUGGGGUUCUGCGUGCUUUUCGCCACGGUGUACAACUACGUAGUGAUGGCCUGCGCCACGGGGAAGCUAGGCGCCACCUUGGUGACCCUCUUCCUGCUGUUGCAGGGAGUCUUCGCCUGCGCGUUCGAGUGGAUAUUCUUCGGAUGGGGGGGGCCACCCCGUCACGCUGGGGCAGCUGGCCGGGAGCGCCGCCAUCUGCGCCGGGCUCCUGGUCGUGGUGACGGCGCAGCAGGCGAGCUACGUGGACACGCGAAGCGCAUGGUCCACCGCCCUAUUCAGCGGGAGCUGCUGUGCCGGCCCGGGCCCCGAGGGCGCCGAGCCCGAGGCGAGCCCCUCCGAGACCACCACGGACUGAGAAGGCGCAGCCUGUUGGUAGACAUGUCGGGCCCUCUUUGA